AUGGGGUUCGUCAGUGAGUACAAGGACAUGCACGCCCACGACAACACCAAGUUGCAAGUGAUCCACACGAAUGACAAGAAGCAGAUGGCGACCUCCCUCGAGCAGUAUGAGUGCGACCUCGGACUCGAGUGCCACAAGAUCGUCGGAAUCGAUCUGGAGUACACCAAUGAGCCUGAUGAGACACAGAAACCCGCCCUCGUGCAACUCUCUGAUGGCAAGACUCAGCCGGUGCUUCCUUUCCAACUGAGCGCCGCUGAAAGAUGCACCGUCUUCGACAAUUUCCUCGCUGACCCGAGGUACACAUUUUCUGGCUUCUCCAUCAGCACCGACAAAACCAAGCUCGAGCGAGUUAACUUGGAGGUGACUAACUUCAUCGACAUCCAGAAGGAAUGGAGGGUGAAUGAGUCCACCAAGAAUUUGGACUCCCUUGAGGAAGUCGCCUGCAUACUCAUCGAUGACUACUACAACAACACGAAGAAGAAGAUCGUCAAUGAGGAGCACAAGCGCUGGGGCUCCCUGCCCCUAUCCAAGAGGCACACCGAGUACGCGGAAAAGGACACAUACACAGCAUACGAGAUAUAG